AUGUCUUUGACACGAAUAAAUUUAUUUAAUCAAACAAAACAAAAAUUUCGAUUUACAACUAAAUUAUUGUUUAAUGUUAGACAUUUAGCUACAGUUACUCCAGAUCAUAAUAUAGAAAAACGAGAUGUAUUUGAUAACUCAUUUAUGAUUGAUAAAAAUCUUUAUGAUAUUGUUAUAGUUGGAGGAGGAAUCACCGGAAGUGCUUUAGCAUGCGCUUUAGCGAAUUCCUGGAAAACAAAGUCACGACGUAUUGCUCUGAUUGAAUUUAGUAACAUGUCAAAUAUAAGAGAAUGGAAACCCCUUCAUUCACAAUUUUCGAAUCGUGUAAGUUCAUUGACGCCACAAUCAGUUCAAUUCUUCAAAGAUAUGCAAGUAUGGGAUGGCAUUAGUAACGCUCGCAUAAGGUUUAAUAGUGAUGAAAGCAUCCCUAUUAAUAAAAGUGCAGAAGCCCUCGCUUGGAUCAUAGAAAAUCAUAAUAUUCAACAUGCUAUUCUUACCAAACUUGCACAAUAUAAAGAUAAUAACUUUGACUUUCUCGAAAACACAACAGUAAAGAGAAUUAUGUUUGAUGAUAAUUAUGAAAAUGAACAUUUUGACUUAUCUGAUUGGCCAAAUGGAAUCAAUUCUGUUGUACGCUCGUUUGCUAACAUUGAAUCACUUGGUUGGGAUUAUAAUGCACGUGCAGUAGUGGCUACUCUACAGGUGGACUCACUGAUGGAAAAUGGGACAGCAUGGCAAAGAUUUUUGCCAACAGGCCCUAUUGCAAUGUUGCCGAUCAAAAAUGGAAUUUCAUCAAUGGUGUGGUCUACGACUCCCUAUCUUGCUUCAAAGAUAUGUAAACUUCCAUCAAAUAGGUUCAUACAUUUAGUGAAUUCAGCAUUUCACCUUCGAAUUGCUGAUUUAGAAUAUUUAUAUUCUCAAUUGGAAAAUAAUGAAAUUGAUUUUGCAAAAGAAUUUGAGUGGCGUCAAUCUAUUGAAAAAAAAUCAAACACAGGAAAUAAUUCUAUAGAAACGUUUCCACCAUUAAUAUUGGAUGUACAAGAAAAAAGUCGUGCGGAAUUUCCAUUAAAGAUGAGAAAUGCAGAAAGUUAUGUAAAAGAAAGGAUUGCUCUUAUUGGCGAUGCUGCACAUACAAUACAUCCACUUGCUGGACAAGGGCUAAAUCAAGGAUUGGCUGAUGUACAAAGCUUAGUCAAAGUCAUUGAACAUGGAGUUGUUACAGGACAAGAUUUAGGAAAUAUACAAUUGCUUAAAAAUUAUUCUUCUGAUAGAUAUUUAUCAAAUCUCAUAAUGUUGGGAGUAGUUGAUAAAUUGCAUAAAUUGUUUGGAAAUGAUUUCGCACCUAUUGUUCUUAUGAGAUCAUUGGGGUUGCAAGUAAUUAAUAAUUUAGAGCCUGUGAAG